AUGCCCCCAGUAAAGCACCGCAAAGUUGUGAUGCUCGGAUACCCAUCAGUCGGUAAAUCUUCGCUGGCUCUGCAGUUCAUCAAAGGAGAUUUCCCCACAGACUACGAGCCCACCAUUGAGAACACUUGGAGCAAGACCUUUGUACUGGGGACGGAUGAGUUUGAACUGGACGUGGUGGACACAGCAGGACAGGAUGAGUACUCCUUGCUCCCCCAGUCAUUUAUUUUCGGCAUACAUGGCUACAUUGUAGUGUAUUCUGUGGCUUGCUCAAGAAGCUUCCAGAUCGCAACUGGAUUGCACAGAGUGCUUGUGGAUAGAAGAGGGAAAUGCCUCAUGCCUAUUGUCCUUGUGGGGAAUAAGAAUGAUCUCCCGUCCCAAUGUCGUGAAGUGAAACAAGAAGAGGGCAAGAAACUGGCUGAUUCCUGGGGAGCAGCAUUCAUGGAAGUUUCUGCUAAAGACCCAGAGAAAAGCAAACAAAUCUUUACUAAAAUCAUUGAGGAAAUUGACCGUGUGGAGAGAUCCUUCAGCGAGGAGAAAAAGUGUUCCUUCAUGUAA